AUGUUAGGACCACAAAAAGCAAAAGUAGAUGGAGGAUUUGGGGAAGGUACUGAUUUACUUAAAGAAAUGAAUAAAAUACCUUUAUUCAUGACCGAAUUACCUGAAGAAGAGAAUGAUACUUUAGCCGCUUUACAGUCUCUGAUCUAUGACGGUCCUCCUGAAGAGGUAGCAGAAAAUUUUAAGAAUCAAGGAAAUGAAUGUUUUAAAGUUGGUAAAUCACAAUAUAAAGAUGCAAUAAAUUAUUACACAAAAGCAUUAGAAACAGAUUGUAAAGAUGAUAAAAUUAUUGAGGCUUGUUUAACUAAUAGAGCCGCUGUUAAUCUCGAAUUAGAAAAUUAUAGAAAAGUCUUAAUAGAUUGUUCAAAAGCAUUAAAAUUAAAUCCAAAAAACAUUAAAGCAUAUUAUCGUUCUGUAAAAGCAUUAUAUGCUCUUGAUAGAAUUGAAGAAGCUAUAGAUUGUUGCGAACAUGGACUUGCGAUACAACCUAAUAAUUUAGCAUUACAGAAUGAAAAAGAAAAAUGUUUAAAGAAAAAAGAAGUUCUGGAUAAGAAACGUAAAGAGAAAGAAGAAAGAGAGCAUAAAGAACGUGAAUCAGAAGAAGAAUUAAAGAGAGCGAUAAAGGAAAGAAAUAUAAGAAUGGAAUAUUCAUCAUCAAAAGCACAAACAUCACUAAGAUCAGUUCGAUUAGAUAAACAAACAAAUAAUUUAAUUUGGCCAGUAUUUUUUUUAUACCCAGAGUAUAAAGAAUCGGACUUUAUUGAAUCAUUUAAUGAGGAAUCAACAUUUUUAGAUCAUUUAGAAGUAAUGUUUGAACAACAUGCUCCAUGGGAUAAUGAAAAGAAAUAUAUCCCUUCUCAAUUAUUGAUUUAUUUUGAAUAUAAUUUACCCACACCUGUAGUAGGUGGUAGUGAUGCUGUACCGACAACUAAAUUAGUUAAAGUUGGAAAAAAUUGUACUUUAAAAGAAGUUUUAUCUCAUCCUAAAUAUGUUAUUAAAGAUGGAAUUCCAAAUUUUAUUAUUUUAUUAGAAAAAAGCAAGUUUAAAGAAGAAUUUUUAGCUAAAUUUAAGUAA